AUGAAGCCGGGCUGGGCUGUGUGGUGCACGCUGGUGCUGGUGCUGACGGCCACGGUGCUGACCAGGACAGGAGCAGUUCCUGCCCCUACGCCCCCCAGGACCCACCUGGGUGCCAGGGGCUGCCACAUGGGCCAGUUCAAGUCUCUGUCCCCACAAGAGAUGAAGGCCUUCAAGAGGGCCAAGGACGCCCUGGAAGACUCGCUCCUGCUCAAGAACUGGAGCUGCAGCUCCCGCCCACUCCCCAGGACCCGGGACCUGAGGCAGCUGCAGGUGUGGGAGCGCCCCGUGGCCUUGGAGGCUGAGCUGGCCCUGACACUGAAGGUCCUGGGGGCCUUGAACAACUCGACCCUGGGGGACAUCCUGGACCAGCCCCUUCACACGCUGCACCACAUCCACUCCCAGCUUCAGGCCUGUGUCCCAGCUCAGGCCACAGCAGGCCCCAGGCCCCGGGGCCACCUCCGCCAGUGGCUGCAUCGCCUCCGGGAGGCCGGGAAGAAGGAAUCCCAGGACUGCCUUGAAGCCUCUGUCACAUUCAACCUCUUCCGCCUCCUCACCCGUGACCUGAAAUGUGUCGCUGCUGGAGACCUGUGUGCCUGA